AUGCCAGUUCGACUCACAGUCCAAGAACUUGCGAUUGACGACGCCUCCAUUUUCAGCCAGGGGCAACCCAUAUCUACGGACAAAUCGCGGGCCAGAAGCGAAGACUCAAGGAGUGAGUCUCAGCCCUCUACGGCACCGAGAGUGCAUGCCCCAUUCUGGCAAGUCUGGUGGAAAGAGAUGUUUUGCAUCAUUACCAGCAUUGCUUCAUUAAUCGCUAUCGUCGUCGUUCUCGCUCUUUUUGAUAAUCAUUCGCUGCCAAGUUGGCCUCAUAAGAUCACGCUCAACACAUUUCUCGCCCUUUUCACAACGCUGGCAAAAGGAAGCUUCAUGUUACCAGUGUCAAUUGCCUUGAGUCAGUCCAAGUUCACCUGGUUCUUGAAACCAAAACCCUUAAACGACUUUUACGUUCUCGAUCAGGCAAGUAGAGGCUGGUUAGGUUCUAUGAAGUUGCUCUUCCGGGUGCGUUUCAAGCACACAGUCGCUAUCGGUGCUAUCUUGAUGGUUGUCAGCAUUCUUUCCUCCCCAGUUACUCAGUUGGCCAUCAGUUAUCCUCUGCGAAAUGAUACCGCCCCCAGGGAGGAAGCCACGGUACUCACCAUCAACGAAAUCAACUUGGAAGACUUCAGUUUGGUUAAUAUGGUGAACAUGGCGACGCUCAUGGCUUCGGUGACGAAUACUGGGAAUUAUGAAGGACGAUUGCCUCCACAGAAAGCCUCGUGCUCUACAGGAAACUGCAAUUUCAAUCCCUAUCAAUCACUAGGUGUUUGUGUGGAGUCUGUUAACAUCACUUCGGAGCUUCGGAUUCAGGCGAUCAGUAACUUGACUUCUGAUUUAACGGAGAGAGGCCGAAAGACACUGACUCCUGGUCAAAGUGCAUGGGACGUUGGCCUCUCAAGCAAAUAUGGCUUUAUACAUCAGAGUGAACUAGCGAUCGUCCUUGGUCAAUUGGACGGGACCGAUACCUUCGGCUUCCUAAACAACACAAGCCUUCUUAACACCAAAAUCGCCUCAUUCUUUCUCAUAUACACCACGCCGCUACCGCCUAACGAGACUCACGUGGUAGCGGAUGAUUCAGAUGAUUUUCAAAAUAUGCUCUACUCGAUUAGAGACUUCGACUACGAGGCACGCGAAAUCAUGUUCCAUUUAUGCGUUCAGACAUUUGAAACAAAAGUUCGCACGGCUGUGGAAGAGACCUACAUAACCGACCCUCUAUCGCGAAUAGAUGACCCAAGAAAAGGAUUCAUCUUAGGGCCCAAGUGUACAAUGGAGCAGUCACUCCUGCUGUGUAAGCCGGAACAAGACCCGGGCGACUUAGUUGCAUAUAUCACACCACCGAAUUCGAGACCAACGAAAUUUAGCGCCUCGUAUGCGACCAUGUUCAAUAUCGGAGUGGGUAUCUCCUAUACACUGCUAUCAUCAGCAGGAUUGAGCAUUGUUCCCAACGGCCGUCUUUGGGUUGGUGAAUUUGUCUGGACCUGGUUCAAUGAUGUGCUCUACACUGAGCAGAAUAUAUUCAACUCCACGCGGCGAGAGACUCACCUUGACAAUUUCUUUCUCGGCAUUGCUAGCAGUAUUACAUCUGACUUACGAACCACCCAUCAUCAAUUCAAUAGACCGGGUGCUGUCGUCAUCGAGGGAACUCCUUUGAAAGAGAUUGCGUACGUCCAUAUAAGCUGGGGGUGGAUUUCUUUCCUCGCUAUCGAGAUUGUAGCAGCAGUACUAUUUCUUGUUAUCGUCAUUACUGCCCAGGGCGCGGUAUCUCGAGAAAGAGGACCAGAAAGUGUGUACGUUCCGGCCGACGCAAAGGACUCGGCUCUGGCAACUCUUGUCGUCCUCAGUAAUGACUGCCGCGAAGCCUUGAGCGACGGCCUGCAGCCUGCAGGUGUUCUCCAGAAGACUUCAAAGAUGCUGCAAGUCACGCUACGAGGGAACGAAUUUGAGCUUGCCAGCGACACUGAAGUACAAUCUUCUCAAUCAGGCAAGGAUAGCCUCCGAGAGGUGCUCACGGAAGAAAACGGCCUUCCUCAGACGGGUUUUCUUAGUCGUAUUUUCCCGAGCAUACGAGGUUGGCAGGGAAAGCACGAAGUAUCGAGAUAG